AUGAAAUCACCUAUUCCCGACUACCUCAAAGUCGUGCUCGACAAUGCACGCUCAAUCGAGAGCGGAGCACCCGCCAGCUACAUUGAGACGCUCGCUAAGGCUGAUACGUCCAAGAUGGCGGUAGCCCUUGCAAUGGUCGAUGGAAACGUGUACUCGGUGGGAGACGAUCAAGUCGAGUUUUCGAUGCAAUCCAUCUCUAAAGCAUUUGUAUACGCAAUGGCUAUUGAAGAUAGAGGAUUAUCAAAGGUGCUGGAAAAGAUUGGAGUUGAGCCUUCGGGAGACGCGUUCAAUCAAUUGUCACUUGAACGAGGCACCAAUCGUCCAGUCAACCCCAUGAUCAAUGCCGGGGCCAUCACUGCACAUUCACUUGUUGACGGCACUACGGCGGAGGAAAGGACGGAGCGCAUAUUGAGAGGGUUAUCUCAGCUCGCCGGUCGGCAGCUGCAGGUCGACGAGGAAGUGUACGAGGCUGAGCUGAAAAGCGCUGAUCGUAACAUGGCCAUCGGUUACAUGUUGAAAUCUGCUGGGGUUAUUUCUUGCGACCCACGGGAUAUUGUGAAGGGAUACAUCAGGCAAUGCGCGAUCAAUGUCAAUGUGCGAGACUUGGCUAUAAUGGCGGCGACGUUGAGCAAUGCAGGAGUUCAUCCGAUCACAGGUGACCACAUAAUUCCGCAAGCAAGUGUUCGACAAGUCCUCUCUGUGAUGACAACUUGUGGCAUGUAUGAUGCAGCAGGAGAUUGGGUUUCAAAUGUUGGCAUUCCGGCGAAGAGUGGCGUUGCGGGCGGGAUCAUCGGUGCAUUGCCUGGCCAAGUAGGUAUCGCAACAUUCUCACCUAAUCUUGAUGAGCGUGGUAACAGUGUCCGCGGAGUUGCUAUAUGUGAAAAGCUGUCGCGCGACAUGGGGUUGCACAUGAUGGACGUCAGCCAAAUUGCCGGUGCCACUGUAUCGACUACGGUGGCAACUAUCGUUGCCGGCGCGAAAGAGCCUCACCAUCCUAAUUGCGAGCGCGAAGUCAUCAUUUUCAGUCUCCGAGGCGCGGUGCGUUUUCCUGGCUCAGAGCGGCUUAGCCGAGCUCUCGUGCGUGAGCUUGGCGAACCGAAACCCGACGAUCCUGGUUCUGGCAGAUAUGCCAACACUUGCGCUGUUGUAAUAUCACUCCGCGACGUCUACUCGCUCAACACAGUCGCUCGAAGAAUUCUACAUGAGAGCAUCAAGCGACUCAUGGGAGAAGGAAGGAGCGUAGUAGUUGUUGACCCUACCGAAAUUUUUCAACUGGCCAAGGCGGAGGAUGGAGCCAAGGCCGGCCGCCCUCGGGUAGUCAAGUCUGAGAUCGAGGCACGCUACUACAUUGGAGGCAUAGGAUGCUCAACGAUCUCGAUCGAAGAUGAUUGGUGA